GGUUUCCGCAGAUCAUGUGAUAGCCUAAGAUGGCGGUGCCCAGCGAGGCGGAGGAAUAUGCUGUAGUUUACCUUGUAGUGAGCGGUAUCCCCUCUGGCUUGCGCUCAGCCCAGUUACGGAGCUACUUCAGCCAGUUCCGGGAACAUAGAGGCGGUGGCUUCCUCUGUUUCCACUACCGUCAUCGCCCAGAACGAACCCCUUCCCAGGCCGUUCCUGACUCCGGCGCAACUAAUAUCGACCCUGCCGCAGACCGCCAACUUCUCGCCCAGACUUUGGCCGCAGAUGCCCGGGCUCUCCCCACUAGAGACUCUGCUUCCAUCCAGACUCAUACCUGCUGCUGCGUCAUCUCAAUACGGGGGUUGUCUCAAGCCCAGAGGUUUCUUCGUAUGUACUCGGGCCGCCGGUGGCUGGAUUCUCAGGGGACUUGGCUGCCGGGUCGAUGUCUCAUCCGCAGACUUCGACUACCUACUGAGGCAUCAGGUUUGGGUUCCUUUCCCUUUAAAACCCGAAAGGAGCUGCAGAGUCGAAAGGCAGAGAAUGAAGCCUUCUCCUUGACUGACCUGAGGCAACUGCCAGAACUGAACCCACCAGUGCUGAUGCCCAAUGGGAAUGUGGGGACACCCUUGCGGGUCUUUCUAGAUUUGAUUCGGGCUUGCCGUCUACCACCUCGGAUCAUCACACAGCUGCAACUCCAGUUCCCUAAGACAGGUUCUUCUCGGCGCUAUGGCAACGUGCCCUUCAAGUACGAGGACUCAGAGACUGUAGAGCAAGAAGAGUUGGUGUACACAACUGAGGGUGAGGAAAUACCCCAGGCAACCUACCUGGCAGAUAUACCAGCCAGCCCCUGUGGAGAGCCUGAGGAAGAAGCGGGAAAGGAGGAGGAAGAAGAGUCUCACUCAGAUGAUGACGAUGACCGGGGUGAGGAGUGGGAGCGGCAUGAAGCACUGCAUGAGGAUGUGACGAGGCAGGAGCGGACUACCGAGCGGCUCUUUGAGGAGGAGAUCGAGCUCAAGUGGGAGAAGGGUGGCUCUGGCCUGGUGUUCUACACUGACGCCCAGUUCUGGCAGGAGGAAGAAGGAGACUUUGACGAACAGACAGCUGAUGACUGGGAUGUGGACAUGAGUGUGUACUACGACAGAGAUGGUGGAGACAAAGAUGCCCGAGACUCUGUCCAAAUGCGUCUGGAACAACGACUCCGAGGUGGCCAGGAAGAUGUUUCUGUCAUCAGAUGCCAAGUGGGCACCUUUGAGCGUCACACCAAGGGCAUUGGACGGAAGGUGAUGGAGCGUCAGGGCUGGGCUGAAGGCCAGGGCCUGGGCAGCAGAUGCUCAGGGGUGCCUGAGGCCCUGGAUGGUGAUGGCCAGCACCCUAGAUGCAAGCGUGGAUUGGGGUACCAUGGAGAGAAGCUGCAGCCAUUUGGGCAACUGAAGAGACCCCGUGGAAGUGGCUUGGGCCUCAUCUCCACCAUCUAUGAUGAGCCUCUACCCCAGGACCAGGGGGAGUCACUGCUCCGCCGCCAGCCACCCACUAGCAUGAAGUUUCGGACAGAUAUGGCCUUUGUGAGGAGUUCCAGUUGUGCCUCGGACAGCCCCUAAGGAGCCUGAAUGACUGGAUUGGGGGCCUCCAUGGUCAGAAUUACUGGGGGCUGCAGGAAAACUCUCUUCCUGGGCCUUACCUACACCAAAGCCUGGGAUCAGCUGUCUUCAGAGUGCUUUGCUCUGAGCUUCCCUACAGAUUCUCUACCUCAAGGGCAUUUUUACAAAAUCGUUGGAUAUUAGCACUUAAUGGUCUCUCUUCAUUGGCCUCCUAACCCUAGCCCCUACUGCCUACCACAGCACCUUGAAAAACUUGGACUGGGUGAGCUUAUCAGCACAGUCUUCCUUGGGGAGUCUGAAGGGGGUUACCAUGAGGGCCAGAAAGGGGAGCAAGGGGCAAGAGGAGAGCAUUUGUGGUGCUCAGAGGAAAACAGGGUCUUGGGGCGGGCCCCUCACCCUCACCAGUGGAGACCGAGAAUCACAGAGUCCGCAGAGGUGGCCCGGGUCUGCCACGUAAGAGAAGAAUAAAGAAGUUUACUACUGGAUUUCCCUU